AAGGUGGUGAUCUCUUCUACUAUCUCCUGGGAAUCCUCUGUGAUACUCGAAUAGUGUUUAGUAGUGUUGUGUGUUUCGGGAUACGGUUGAUAAGAAGAACGGUGGCUUGUAGUUUGCUCCGGAGACUCGGUAGUGUGUCAGACCGAGUUUUUUGUCCCUCGGAGGAAAAGCUGAAUGGCAAGAAAAGUGGAAUCGUCGUAGGAUAGAGCUUGUGCACACGCCAACGAGAGCAGAAACCGGAAUCGUUUACACGACACCUCCGUAAUGGUUCAAGUUCAACCACUGUUUCUACGUCGCCGAUAGUGUCUACUGCAUGGCCAACUAUUUGUUUUUGUCCAGUAUUUUCCUGCAGUAGACUAGUACAUGAAUAUUUCCAUUGGUCAGCUGUGAAUGAAAACCCAGUGUCUUUGCGCGAUAAGACCAUAGAGUAAGAGGAGAAAUAACGUUGCUCAGUCGUACUAAAUUCUUGGAGCGAUUGAUUUACCGUCAGUAUCUACAACCCGCGAGCGAACUGUAUUUUGUAUCCGAGUAGCCCGAUAGAUUUUUGUUUUUCUAAGUGCGAAAAGUGAAGAGAUCUCAGUAGGCACCGCCGAAAGUUGUCAAUUAGUGCUAUUAAGUUUAAUAAUCUACCGCGAGGAACAAAAGAGUUACAAAAAUGCCGCCCGCUGCCAGAACGGAGAAUCGAACCCGUGACGGACACGUUCUCGUGUGGGAGCAAGCUGGCAUCGCCGAGGAGUACCCAGAGAAAAAACGGCGCUUCGGCACGCGGCACUAUGUCGUGUUCAUGCUGUUCCUCGGAAUGGCCAACGCGUACGUCAUGCGAACCAACAUGUCGGUGGCCAUCGUUGCCAUGGUGAACCAAACGGCGAUCGAGCACGAAGCCGAAGUGUUCGACGACGAGUGUCCGGACACGGACUACGGCGAACCGGCGGAUCCAGCCGAUCACAAAGAUGGAGAGUUCCUGUGGAGUACCAGUUUACAGGGUUACAUCCUGUCGUCGUUCUUCUACGGGUACGUCAUCACACAGAUUCCGUUCGGCCUGCUGGCCAAGAAGUACGGCGCCAUGAAGUUCCUCGGAUGGGGAAUGCUGAUCAACUCGGUGUUCGCCUUCCUGGUCCCAAUCGCUGCCCGCCAGGGUGGCGCUCCAUGGUUGAUUGUCGUUCGGUUUAUCCAAGGUUUGGGCGAGGGUCCUAUCGUACCGUGCACGCAUGCAAUGCUGGCCAAGUGGAUCCCACCCAACGAGAGAUCGCGAGUCGGCUCGAUCGUGUAUUCAGGUGCCCAGUUCGGAACGGUCAUUUCGAUGCCGCUGUCCGGUUUGCUAGCCGACCACGGGUUCGACGGUGGUUGGCCGUCGAUCUUCUACGUGUUCGGUAUCAUCGGUACGGUGUGGUCCGUGGCGUUCCUGUGGACCUGCCACGAGGACCCCAUUACGCACCCGUCGAUCGCCGAGGACGAACGCAAGUACAUCCAGCAGUCGCUGUGGGGCAAGGCCGGCGUUAACAUUCCUCCGAUCCCGUGGAAGUCCAUUUCGCGGUCAUUGCCGUUCUACGCGAUCCUGUUGGCGCAUCUGGGUCAGAACUAUGGCUACGAGACGCUGAUGACCGAGCUGCCCACGUACAUGAAGCAGGUUCUGCGAUUCUCGAUCAAGGCGAACGGAACCCUUUCGGCCCUGCCCUACCUGGCGAUGUGGAUCUUCUCGAUCGGUGUCGGUUGGGUGGCGGAUUGGAUGCUGACGUCGGGACGCUUCACGCACACCCUCACGCGCAAGCUCUCGAACAGUAUCGGUCAGUACGGUCCGGCGAUUGCGCUCAUCAUCGCGUCCUACACCGGUUGCAACCGGGCACUGACGGUGGCCAUCCUGACCAUCGGUGUGGGCUUCAACGGUGGUAUCUACGCCGGUUUCAAAAUCAACCAUCUGGACCUGACGCCGCGGUAUGCCGGUAUCCUGAUGGCCUUUACCAACUGUUCGGCUAAUCUAGCUGGUCUAUUAGCUCCCAUCGCAGCUGGUAACAUCAUCGAGGGCAAGCCCACCAUUGCGCAGUGGCGAAUUGUGUUCGUGAUUGCGGCGUGCGUGUACAUCUUCACCGCGACGUUCUACAACAUCUUCGCGUCCGGCACGCGGCAACCGUGGGACAAUCCGGACAACGACGAACCUCAGAAGCCCGUUUCAAUCGAAGCGCCCGCCUACGAGAACGGCCACAGUAAUCUUGCCAACGGUGGCACGACAGCGACGAAUGGCACGACGACGACGUACCGAGCGAAUAACGCAGCCGAACAGAGGCAGUAGUAGUACGGGGACCUUCCUUACACGGGGACGACUCUCCGGUCGUUCCCGCUCUGAUGUAGGCUGUUGUAGGUUUUAGGAUUUCUCUCGGUUUAAGAAAGACACUAGGCAAUAACGUUUUCGAUACCGUAACUCACUCCUAGGGAAAACAAAAACUCACGAUCACGAUUACUCCUGCCUUUCCACCACUAUCACCCACUUUCCCCUCUAAUCUAUCCUUAUUCGAUGCUUUACUCUAGAUUAACCGUCUGAAUUAGGUUAUUCUGUUUUGAUAUUCUUGUACAUUGACUUGUUAUCAUUAUUAGCGAGUGAUUUUCUAGAUAAGUUCAAUUAACACGAUUACCCGGUUUUGAUUGAUUGUUGAGUGAUGGGGUCUGCCUGGAGCAGUGACUGGGCAACCGGAGCCAAAAGUACUAGGAAAAACUUAUUCUAAAAAAGAAAAAAAUCAAAGCAAUCGGCACUCCAUUUCCGUCGGGAGUUCGAACACGGUUUUUAACGCAGUAGGCCGGAAUCGGAACAGUUCAGUUUUAAAUCUUUGAAAAAGAAUUAACCAAAACAUAUCGUCGUUGACCGUCAAUUCCACACAGUGCCACGUAGCAAGCGAGGGUUGUGCCAUGCCCUACCCAGAGCAUGGAAUAUCGAAAACUGGUGAUUACACACUAGCAAGCAUAUACAAUUUACUGUAUAGUCAAAUAUAUUAUAGAAAAACAAAAAAAAAAGCGAAACAAAACAUCAUAUAUUUUUCUACUCUGUACAUAUUUAAGCGAAUGUCAGCAAGCGAGCGCGCAAUCCAACAUCCGUCAUUCGUUCUCUUUUCGAGAUGAUAAUAAAAACGAUAAUAAUCAAACAAAUACACAUAUCUGGUGAGAUACCCGCCAGGUGAAGCCAGGCAAUGAAACAAAAGAA